UUAUGGCAGCUAUCUGGGGCACGGGGCCAGCACGUCUAGUCAGCUCAAAGUGCCACGACUUCACAGUAGACCACGGAUUCUCCAGUGGAGUGAGGGGGGGAGCACAGGAAAAAAAAUACAUCAAGUUAGCCUGAUCUGGAUAGAUCUAAGUCGGCAACUUGUACAAAGCACCGCUCAUCUGCUAGCAAAGCCUUUUAGUUCCUGUCCAUUUCUUUUGAAAAGCCAGCAGACGUAGCUACAUCCUUAGUACGGUUAACUCAAACUGGGAGCAAUGGAUAUCUAUGACCCUCAGACCCUUGGGAUAAUGGUGUUUGGUGGAUUCAUGGUAAUCUCUGCUGUUGGGAUUGCUCUUGUCUCCACCUUCUCCAUGAAGGAGACCUCUUAUGAGGAGGCUCUGGCCAAACAACGCAGUGAGUUGGGCAAGGUCCAGCCUGUUCGUUCUGAUAAGAAGAAGAAAGACAAAGUUUCUGAGAAGAAGAAUCGUGGAAAAAAGAAAGAAGAAAAACCCAAUGGGAAGAUCCCAGAGCAGGAAAACAAUGAUGAUGCUGAAGCUGACGUACUUAUUGAGUCUACCACUGUCCAAGUUGUAGCUGCAGCUGCUGCUCCUACCACCGAGCCUGCCCCUGCAUUUGAGGUCAACCCACUUUCAGCACCAGAAAACCAACCAACCCCUGCUCCUACUGAGCCCUCUCCUGUGCCAUCCCCUAAAGAUAAAAAGAAGAAGAAGGGGGCUAAGAUUGACGAAGCCUCUACCCAGCGAGCCCCCCUUGUGUCUCCACCCGCACCAGUCAAGUCCUCUGUAGACUCUGCAUCAACCCAGGUCUCGGUGCCCCCCCAAGCCAAAGCAACUACACUGCCCUCUGCCCCCGCUACAGCAAAGUCUGCCCCUGUCCCAGCCAAGUCCGCCUCAGCUCCUGCUCCAGCUAAGGCUGCAACUAAGGGUGCUCCCGCCCCUGCCCCGGCUAAGGGUGCUCCCGCUCCAGCUAAGGCUGCCCCUGCCCCUGCUCAAGCUAAGGCUGCCCCUGCCCCUGCUCAAGCUAAGGCUGCCCCAGCUCCUGCUCCUGCUAAGGCUGCCCCUGCCCCUGCUCAAGCUAAGGCUGCCCCAGCUCCUGCUCCUGCUAAGGCUGCCCCUGCCCCUGCUCAAGCUAAGGCUGCCCCUGCCCCUGCUCAAGCUAAGGCUGCCCCUGCUCAAGCUAAGGCUGCCCCUGCUCAAGCUAAGGCUGCCCCUGCUCAAGCUAAGGCUGCCCCUGCCAAGUCUGACCCAGCUCAGUCUGCCCUAGCCCCUGCUCCUGCUAAGGCUGCCCCUGCAUCAGUGAAAUUGUCUGGAGCAGCCAAAAAUUCUCCUUCCUCUGCUUCACCCAAGUCUACCUCCAUUCUGGAGACUGCCACUAAAGAUGUCCCAUUGGCCACUGCUCCUGCUGUUGCAGUAAAAGCGCAGGAGCCCAAAAAGAAGAAGAAGAAGGCUGAGGCUGUGGCAGCAGGCGAUUCUGCAGACGCUCCACUGCACCUGCCCUACAAGGCUUUGGUGUCCACCAUCAGCAGCAUGGUGUUCAGUGAGGGAGAGGCUCAUAAGCUCAUCCAGAUCCUGUCUGCGAAAGCUGGCAUCAUUCAAGACUCUUGGCAAACGGCAACACAAAAAGGAGAUCCCGUGACUAUACUGAAGAAACAACUGGAGGAAAGGGAGAAACAACUGGCAGCAGAACAAGAGGAUUCAUCUGCAGCAAAGAACCGUCUGAGAGAGCUUACCAAGGACCUGUCUGUGGAAAAAUCCAAGGUGGCCGGUGUGGAGACGAGGCUGAGUUCCCAGCUGAGUAAGAAGGAACAAGAAAUGACUGCUCUGCAAACACGCAUGCAAGCCAGUUACCAGGACCAUGUAGCCCAGACCCAAAGACUCAACGCAAAGAUCCUCAGCCUGCAAGAACAACUGGAAAAGGGACCCAAUGCUCAACUUGCCCGUCUUCAGCAAGAGAACUCAAUUCUUCGUGACGCCCUCAACCAAGCCACUAGUCAGGCUGAGAGCAAACAAAAUGCAGAGCUGGCCAAGCUGCGUCAGGAAUGUGCGAAGUUAACCAAGGAACUUGGAGAGAAGACAGAAAGCCUGCAAUCUGAUGAGCAAAUCAGGAAGGGGCUAGAGGCCAAGGCUUUGGCUACUGAGAAGCAACUCUCCGUGCUGCAGGCCAGUCAUGCAGAGAGCCAGCAGGCAUUGCAGAGGAGACUGGAGGAGGUGUGUGAAGAGCUCAGGACAACACAGAGCAGGAACAGCAGCCUGCAGGCCACUUUGGACAAGGCUCAGCAGGACAGCAGCACACUGUCAGAAUUUCAAGUGCGCAUGGGGAGUUUGGAGGCCGAGAUCAAGGAGCGCUCUUCUCAGGUGGAUGCCCUUACUGCUCAGCUGGAGGGCUCACAGGCAGAGAAAAGCCAGCUUGUACAGCAGCUGGCUACUAUCAACUCACUGCUUGAGGCCAGUCAGAACAAAAAGGAGGAGGAAAACAGUCAGCAGGUAAAUGCUGCAGAGCUGGAGCAGCUAAAACUCAGCCUUCAGGAGAAGGACAGCCAGUUGAAUGCACUCAAUGAGGAGCUGAAACAGCUGCAGAUAAAUAAGAAAGCUACCGAGGAGACUAUUGGUGAACUCGAGCAAAGAAAUAAGAGUGAGGAUGCCAGUGUCAUCACAUCACUUCAGGAUGAACUUAACAACCUCAAAGAAGAGAUGGUACAACUCAAGAGCACACCACAGUCAGAUAGUUCUGCAGAGCUUGGACAACUACAGAACAGUCUGACUGAGAAGGAUGCUCUUGUCACAUCACUACAAGAGGAGCUGAGGGAAGUGAGAGAAAAGUUGAACAACGAUGCGAAGAACAUUAUGGCACACCUGACAGCUUUUCAAAAUGAAACCAAAGAAACUCUACAGACGCUCUUCCCACAGAUACCCUUAGAGACAGAGCAGUCUAAGUGGCUGCAGGUAUUUUCACAAAAGGCUCAAGAGACUCUCAAGCAGCAGAGCCAGGAGUCUCAGUCUAGUAAAGCAUCGCCGGAGUUGCUUGAGAAAGUGAAGGAGGCUGAGGAGAACCAUGCCUCCCUACAGGCUGAAUGUGAACAAUACAGAGCAGUCCUCGCUGAAACAGAAGGGAUGCUAAAACAUCUGCAGAAGAGUGUAGAGGAAGAAGAGCUGGUCUGGAAGUCCAAAAUGGCUAACUCAGAGGAACAACUUUGUGUGGCUCUGGAGAAGGUCAGCAAGCUGGAGGCAGAAAACCAAGGUGUAGCUCAGUUGAAGGAGCAGAUGAUGCUUCUGGAGGCCCAGUUGGAGAAGCAGUAUGACAACCAGGGGAUGUCUGAGGAGAUGGAGCAGCUGAAGCAGCAGCUGUCACACUAUCAAAAUCAACUGACUCAGGCCCAGACGGAGAGCCGGAGACACAAAGAAGAGCUUGCACAGGUCAGAGAGCAGCUGGGCGAGGUCACAAUGCGGGCUCAGCAAGAACAAAAUGGUCCCGCUGAGGCGCAACACAGUCAGGUCCAGAAGGAGCUGAGUCAGACAACAGAGAAACUGCAAGCACAGGAGACUCAGAGGCAGCAGAUCUCAGAAGAGUUUGAACAGGCCCAGAAGAUUAUAACAGAGCUUCAGGCACAACUGGAUCUUUUAAAAGUUGAAUCACCACAGACUGACACCGAAGACGUUGUUCAGCUGAAGGAGCGUCUGGAGAAGGAGAAGAAGCUGUCUAAGGACCUGGGCCAGGCAGCCACCAAACUCCAGCAGCUUCUCAAGGCCACUCAGGAGCAGCUGACCAAAGAGAAGGCCACAGUGAGAACACUACAGGAGUACCUGGAGGGCAAGGGAGAGUACGUGGAGCUAAAGGAAGGAACAUCUGUCUAAGAAGUUUACUGUGGACACUACACAAAACUGCCAAAUAUGCCUUAUUACCAUAGUUAUGCAUUCCAAAGCCUGUUCUUUGUUGUACUGUAGCCCAUUGCAUUUAUUGCAAGUGUAGUUUGAUUUUAUGAACAUUUCAGAUUAAGAUUAGAGGAGAGGCGCCUGUUGCAAUCUUUAUUGAAACCCACAUUCCAUCAACCAUUCUGACUAUGUCAGAAUUUAUUUAUCCCCCUGCCUUGUUAUCAACCCCCCCCCCUAGUUCAGUGUUAAAAGGGAAACCGAUUGUACGUCAAACGUACAGCAACCUGUGCAAUUAUGUUUUGUCUUUUCUAUGUGGCUGAAUGAUGGGAACAUUUUAUGGUUCAACUGUAGGGCCUGGCUACCAGUAACACACAUUGAAGUUGUAUGAAUGAAUAAACUACAGUGUAGCUCUA